UCCAGGGCCUGUCAGACCAGGGCUCUUGACCUCCCGCCAAUCGAUCUGGAUGCUUUCAACCCGAUUAUCAUCCGGUUUCUGGAAAAACUUACUGAAGAGCAAUGGAGGCAGUUAAGCAUUGGCAGGAUGGACCCUGUGAUGAGGGCAUUGCUUGCAGAGAUGUGCCUGCAGAUUGUGCGGUUUGUAUCUGAGGCCAUCCUGGAGGUCAUCAUCCCUGCAAUUUUCCGUUUUGUACGGAUAUACAGCCAUGUGUCUCCAGUAUCCGGCAAGUCUCUGACAGAAUCAGAGAGAUCCUCUAGCACAAACCUGAAGGUUCGCAAGAGAGGCAGCAGCAAAUCCUCAAGGUCUUGCACGGCCAAAUCAAGCUCCUCUCGUAAUGGGUCUCAGACAGUGUUACCAAAUACUCAGGGAGAUGGUGAGUCUAUUUCAUCUGAGCCACUCAGUGACUUUUUUGGGAUCACUGAGGACAGUCUCCUCACUGGUGUCCAGGAUUCCUUCAAAAAGUCACUGAACAAUGUCCUCUGUAUCCAAAGAGAGGGCCAGGUAGACACUCAAAGUCUAUCCCGGGUUAUUGUUGGAGAAGUGUCAAAGAAGGUCAAUUCCAUAAUCUCUGUGGCCAUCCAAACUCCCAUCUCUGGGCGAAUGUCCCCUGUCAUUUUUGCCAGUGGUGGUGUCUCCAGCACCAAGGUGGUUGAGGAGAUGGUGUCUGGCAUUUCCAACAUACUUCAGAUGUACAUUAAUGGGAAGAGUGUUGAGCAGAGUGUUGUUCUCAUAGAGGAUGGUGUUGAGGUGGAUAUGACACAUUUAACAGGACAGGUCAUGACAGCCCUCAGUGGCACUGUUUUGAACUUCAGCAACAAGGAGGAAAAUGAACCCGACAAGAGGGAACUGCUUUGUGUUGUUGCUGACCACAUGAAGAUGCUUGAAGCUUGUAAAAGUCCCGAGGAGAUGCUAAAACAAGGAGAGAGCAACCUAAAUAUCAAAGGUGCCAAAUCUAGUCUUCGUCUGUCAACACAAAGUAUGGACAGACUACUCACUGAGGAGUUUCAGACCAAGGCCAUUGAAUCGAUCCGGGAGAUCGUUAAAAGAUUCAGGGGUUGUACAUCAUGUUGUUCUGGCACUACAUCAUCUAGUCCAACUCCUAGGAUAGGUGAGAUCAGAGAGACCUUAUGA